AUGAGUUUCGUUGCCGCAAAUGGGCCUGUCACUGUUGGCAAGCUUCUUCAAGUGACAACACUCGUGCGGAACAGUGGAAUCAGUAUGCUCAACGGGGCGACGACUAUGGUAAAUGGCACCUUGAGUGUCUCCUGCUCAGACGCCUUCCUCAUCAACCGGAACCUUACAUUAGCAAGUCCGGGAUGCAACGAGAGAAUAACUAUACCACCAUAUGCGGUAGGAACACCUCUCAGCGAAGCUUACCCUGGCUGUGAUGUAAAUCCACAAGGUCUGUUCGACUUGAACGCUAGCAGCAGCAGAGUUUUCUAUCCAACAACGGUUUCUGCUGCUGGUCACACUGCAACGUGGACGAAUGUGAUGUUGCCCCCCGACGCAGCCAUCGUCGCACUCCCGAUGAUUGGGGUUAUUCAAUACCAGGAACCUAUCCUCUGUGUUGCGACGUUUAGCGCCAAUCCCUUUAGCGCACCCAUCGGGAAUGCCCCUACUGGUAUCGACGGCACUUCCUCUCUUGCUCUUCAAAAGGGGGUCAUUUUCAACAGCAUUUUGCAGCCGUCGGUCUUCAAGUUGAAACAUCUCAAGGCGGCCACCGAAAACUUUUCAGAAGCCAAUAUCAUUGGUAAGGGUUCUUUCGGAGUGAUAUACAAGGCAGUCCUUCCGGACGGGUCAGUGGUUGCUGUGAAGCGGUUGGAGAAGAGGCCCGGCCGCAGGGUCAUCGAGGAAAGGUCCUGGAACACGGAGAUCAAGGCCCUGGCCAGUGUUCGGCACAAGAACUUGGUGCCGCUGUUGGGGGUAUGCAUGGAAGGGGGUGAGCGGCUCCUUGUGUUCCCGUUCUUUUCUAGGGGCAGCUUGAGCGACCGCCUCCACCAUCCUCUCGAGGCCUCCUUCGUUUUGUCUUGGGUGGAGCGAGUAGGUGUCGCACGCGACAUCUGCCGGGGCUUGACCUACCUUCAUCACGACCUGUCGCCGCCCAUGCUGCACAGAGAUAUUAAAGCUGCCAACAUAUUGCUGGCUGAGGCAGACAAUAUGGAGGCGUGCAUAGCAGAUUUUGGGCUCGCGCACCUUGUGCAGGAUUUGGGAGGACAGACGUCAACUAUGGUAAAAGGCACGGUAUCAUACAUGGCACCAGAGUAUCUUCACGGUGGGGCGAAGUUUUUGACCCGAAAAUGUGAUGUCUACAGCUUCGGAGUUCUGCUCCUCGAGAUUGUGAGCGGGCGCCAGGUUAUACGGCAAGACGAGAGCGGGGUAGUUGAGCGGCUCACUGAGGUUGCUCUUAGACAUCUUAAAGAGGGCAGAGUGCCGGACCUUGUUGAUCCCCGGCUCAACGGCAACUACGAUUUGGAGGAAGCGCAGCGCCUGAUUCAGAUUGCAACAUUCUGCUUGCGAAGGGAUCCCUCGACAAGGCCGAGCAUGCAAGCGGUCAGCUCGCUACUUGUGGGUCUCGCAACAACCGAGGUCGCGGCCAGCUUUGAUGGUGAGAGUUGGGGGCCGGACUCAGAGUACACAGACGUCACUAGUGACAUGCCCUUCGAGGCCGAUUCAAGGAGCUUUCAGGCGUCCGCAGAGAGUACGAUUCUAGUAGCUUCCAGAUUUGUCACACCACGAUAGCUGUCGGGAAGUUGACAAAAAGCGACCCGUUGUGUUUCCAUAGAACAAAGUCAAGGUCAUAGGUAAGUAUGCUUCAUACACCGAUUUGCGAACUUGCUACCGCAUACUUAUCUUCAUGUGAUCCGAAGUACGUUGCUUACGUCUUGGGUUGAUUGAUGAAUGGGAGUUACGUAGAAACGUAGGACUCAAUUUGUUGGGAUUGAUGUAUUUCGCUUUAAAUUGGGUGUACUACACGGGACUUAAAUAUAGAAUCAUUGAGAUGGGGCUAAACGUAGCUGAGUCCUUGCCGCCCGUAAGGUUGCAAACCAUCUGGA